GGAUCAUUUCAAAAAAAUUGCAGCACUGGUUGGAAAGAUCAAGCAGUUAGUUAAAAAGCCCAUAGUAACUGACCAAUCUUAGCCCAACCCAACCCAACUUCCACUUGUCCAACGGCUAGUCUCAUUCAAAAAUCAAGAUUCCAAAAUUCCCCAUCGGGGCAUCCCUAACUUUUUGGAAACAAGUGGUGACAAAAAGGAUCCAAGGGUAACGCCGUUAAGUCUCCGUCCCAUAAAUUUUAAAUUCCCACUACCCCUCUCUUAACGGCUCUUUUUCAACAAUUCCCUCAUUUCUUUUUCUUUCUUUCUCUUUUUCCUCUCCUUUUCUCGCAUAUUUUCUCCUCUUAAUCUUAAAUUUUCGAGAUCCAGAAGAUUACCAAACCCCCCUCAGAUGACGAAUCUAUAAUCAGAAAACCAGGUGUAAUUUGGGAAUAUAUUUUCAGAAAAAAUGGCAAUGGAAAAGGUUUAUGAAGAGCUAGAUGAAGUCAAAGUUGAGAAUGAGAAGCUAAGGGCAGAUUUCAGGAGCAAAGUUGAAUUAUGUGAGCAUUUGAAGAAAGUCCAGAAUGAGCAGUUAACCAAGAUCCAGGAAGCGAGCUCAAAAAUCGACAAGCAGGCGCAACAACUUAUUGAAAAAGAAGAAGAAAUAUCGGUGGUGAAGCAAGCUAAUGAAGAUCUCAAACACAGUCUGAAUGAAAAGGAAUCUAUCAUCAAGCAUUUGAAUGCUGCUAAUGAUAAGCUGAGAGCUGAGCGUGAUGGGAAGAAUCAGAAAUGGGAGCAGGAAAAUAGAAGGUUGGUAUUGGAAUUAGAUGAGGCAAAUGAGAAGAAUAUAGAUCAAGAACAAAACAUUAAUGUGCUUAAGGCAGAGAUUGAAGGUCUCAAAGCUCACCUGUCAGUUUCCCAGAAAAAGUGUUCAGAGGCAGAGAAAAAGGCCAAAAAUAUGAAGGAGCUGAGAGAAAGAGAUGAUUUGCUGGUCAAAGUAGAGGAAGACAAGAGGAAGGUUGAAGAUCUGCUAAAAUGGAAGAAGGAGCAAUUCAAACACCUAGAAGAAGCCCAUGACAAGCUUCGAGACCAGUUCAAGGCAAGUAAGAAAGAGUGGGAGAAAGAAAAAUCUACAUUGGUCGAUGAGAUUUGUUCGCUGCAGACAAGGUUAGAUUCUCAGAUACGAAUUACAGGAGAUCUUCAAAACCGGUUACAGUUGUGCAACCAAGCCUUGGCUCAUGAAGAAACCCGAAGAAAGUACCUGGAAGUUGAAAUUUCAGAGUUUAAAACACGCUUUGAAAAUAUUUUUGCUGAAUGCCAGGAUGCAAAGUCACAACUGGACUGCUUGAAUUCCCAGAGGGGCAAUGAAGUUGCAACUCUGAGACAUUUACUGGGCACAAAGGAGUCAUUUUAUAAGGAAAUGGAAUAUCGAGCAGGACAACUGGAGCAAGAAAAUCAAGAGUUGUUGACAUCCCUCAAAGAACUCCAGGAAGCUAGAAUUAAGCAAGCUGGAAGCUCCUCUUCUCUUUCAAAACUGAAAAACAAGCUCAAAAGUGUGGAACAGAUGCACAAGGAGUGUUCAGCAAAUCUUAGGACUAAAGAAGCUGAAUGGAACUCUCAGCGGGAGGAAAUGACCAGGAAGUUAAACAAUUACACCUCUCAGUUAGAGAGUAAAGAUGCCACUCUCAAAGUACUUGAGAUGGAACUUGAAGGUUGCCUUUCUUCGGCUGUUCAGUUGAAAUUGCAGAAUGAGGAGAUUUCUGUGAUGUUACUACUAUUGAAGUCAGGAAUGUCUGAGGCCCAACUGAAACUUGCAAAUGUUGAGGCUGAGCUGGGUCUCCAUCAGAAAGAGAGGGUAGAGAAUCUUUCUAUCCUAAAGCAGCAGCUGGAAAUGAAAAAUAUUGCUCUGGCCAAAGCUCAGAGAGACAUUGCAGAAGAACAUGAGAGGACAGCAAUUUUAUCCAGGAGGGUUGAUACCUUAGAUCAACUUGAGGAUAAGCAUCAGCUGAUGGAGAAAGAGCUCAAUAGAUGUAAAGAAAUGCUCGAGGAAUCAUCCAGGUGUCAACUUCGGUUGAAAGAGCAAGCUUUGUUUGUGGACAAUGAUUCAAAAAAAAAAAUUAGAGAAGUCUGUGAUGCUUUAGAUGUGGCAAAUUCUGAACUGGCGGAAGAACGGGAGAAGGUAGCAUCUUUAUUAAGGAGAAUUGAGUCCUUGGAUUUUAUUGAAGGACAGCGAAUUCUGAUGCAGAAAGAGCUUGAGAGGUAUAAAGAAAGGCUUGAGGAAGCAUCUAGGAGUCAAAUACACUCGGAAGAGCAAGCUUUGCAGAUGGAAAGUAAAUACAGAGAGAAACUUAGAGAAGUUUGUGAUGAUUUAGAAACAGUAAAAUCUGAACUGACUGAAGAACGAGAGAGAACAGUUUCUUUGAUGAAGAGGAUUGAGUCUUUGGAUCAGAUUGAAGAGCAGUGGCUCCAGACAAAGGAAGAGCUUGAGAGGUAUAAAGAAAUGCUAGAGGAAGCAUCUGGGAGACAAAGUCAGUUAGAAGAGCAAGCUGUGCAUAUGAAAAAUGAAUUUGGAGAGAAACUUCGAGAACUUUGUAAUGCUUUAGAAACUGCAAAAUUUGAAUUGGCUCAAGAACGUGAGAGGACAGCUUCUUUAAUGAAGAGGAUUGAAUCAUCAGAUCACUUGGAAGAACAGUGGGCCCUGAGGCAGAAAGAACUUGACAGGUACAAGGGAAUGUUUGAGGAGUCAUCUAGGUACCAACUUCAAUUAGAAGAGCAAAUUUCUCAGAUUGACAGGGACUCAGAAAGGAAACUGACAGAAGUUUGCAAUGCUUUGGAAAAAGCAAAUUCUGAGUUGCUUGAGAAAAUUUGUGAAGGACAUGAAAUUGAAUUUGAAUUGUGGAUAUGGAAAUCCAUUGCUGAGCGGUUCAAAGUCAACCUUGAAGAAAGUCAGGAAUUGCGUAAAGAAUUAGAAGCUUCUCUUCUUGCACAAGUGGAGUUUGGAGAAACUAUCAAGCAAGAGAAAGAUGACCUUGUCCGUAUAACCAAAGAGAAAGACAGGAAAAUAGUUAGUCUCCAGCAGCAGAUAGUAUUACAAGAGCAAGAACUCAAAGCAAGAGAACUAGAAGCAAUGAGUUCCAUAGAGGAGAGCAUUCUUCGAAUCACAAGAGAAGACGACAAGAUCUUAGAGGAUCUUCAGAGAGAGAUUAGCUUUCUGGAAGAAGAAUCACUCAGAAGGGAACUGGAAGGAGCUGCAUUUGCACACAUAAGUGCAGAGAGAAAAUUUGAGCAUGAGAAGGAGAAUCUUUUGCAGAUUGUACAAGAGAAAGAUCAGAGAAUAGAUGGUCUCAUGCAGGUUGUGAGGUCAAUGGAAGAAGAUUUUAAUAGCUCAUUGAAUUCCUUUUCCUCAGAGCUUACUGAGAAGCAGGAACAGAUUAAUUUGGUCCAUGAAGCUUGGGAAAAGAUUGCCAGAGCUGAGAUUCUGGCUAAGCUAGAAAUUGAAGAGAAAAAGUUAAUGAUAGUGGAACUGGAGGAUGACAUUCAUAACAUACAGGAGAAACUGUUAUCGCAAGAAAAAUCCCUGUCUGAUUCAAAACAGAAAGCAUCAACUGUUGAAGCUGAAUUUGAAGCAAAGCAUCUGCAAAUGAAGAACUUGACUGAUCAGAUGGAGGCAAGACUGAGAACAUCAGAGCUUUUGAUUGACGAGCUUAAGAGUGAAAAAAGAAAAUUGCUUGAAGACAUCAUGAAGUUGUCAACAGAGAGGGAAAAUUUGUUUAGAUUCAUUGGAGGCCUAAGUGACAGGAUCAGCGAGUUCUCCAGCGAAGAUGCUCACCUGAUGGGAAUCCUGGGAAGCAUAGUGAGGUCUUUUGACAAUAGCCCUUCAGACUUUAAAGGUAAUGAUGAACUUUUUGACUCUCUAAAGGAGAACAAGAAUAGUCUUCUUCCAUCUCCAGCAACCAAAAAACCCGAUUCAGUUAUUGAAGAAAGAUCACCUUUUAGACUGCUCAACUAAUUGCAACUUAAGAAAGAAGCUAUUAUCAGUACAGCUUGUGAGAUUGAUGGUUUUCUUUUUCUUUUUUUUUUUCCCUUCCCAUUAACUAAGUUUUCUGGAACAAUCCAUUCAGUUCAAAGCAUGGACUUCAUUUUCCUACUUUUUAUAUGACAGAUUCAUGCAUGUAUAAGCAUUUGUUUCUGCUAGUAACAAUUUACCACAUAUGAUUCAUUGUUUCAUUUGGAAAAACCAGUUUCUAUUGUAAUUUUAUCUUCAGAUUUUCUCCUUUUCUGUGGAGGUGGAUGGUUGUUGCUUAAGAAAUUUGAUAUGCUCCAUUAAAGACUUCUCAUGUUUCUAGCAGUCGAAAUCAAGAGUGUAUCAUGCAAAAAAGCAACUGAUAC